AUGACGCCCGAGCGCGUAGUGACGUGGGGCGUCGUCGCCAUGUCCGUCGCCGUGCUCAGGAUCGUGACCGAGGCGUUCAUGGCGGUGAUGUCCGGCUGCGGCGACGUCGAAGGUUCCAGCGUUCACGCGACGCUCGUCGUCUCGCCGCCGAUCACCAGCGUGAGCACCGCCGCCUCCGUCGCGACGCCGACGCCGGAUGACGCAGACGCGAAGGCCACGCCGGUAAAGGCGUCCACUGCGACAGACGAGACUGUAUUCGUCGCGACGCCGCCGGACGCAGACACGGCGCCGAGCGAGGCGUCGUCGCCGGAGCCGGAGCCGCAGCCCGAGUCGUCCGUCGCGCCUUCGGCCGCGGCGGCUUCGGCCGCGGCGGCGAUGACGGCGCCGAGCGAGGCGUCGUCACCGCCGCCGGAGCCGCAGCCCGAGUCGUCCGCGCCGCCCGGGGCAGCGACGCUCGUGACCGCCUCUAAUCUCAACCGCUGCCUUCGCGGCGGCGGCUCGAGUACGGGGGCGAAGACUAUCACCUCGUCGCCGAACGCGGAUGAAACGUCCACGGGCCCGGCGUUCUUUCCGCGGUCGUUCAUGAAGAAGCUCCGGAACAAUAUCUUGGGUUUUGAGCUACGCUCCGGGGGCGAGCCAAUCCAGGCUGCGAUCGGUCGCUUCCUCACGGCGAGCGCGAUGAAAAUACUGAACACCCGCGGCGAUGGGAAUUGCAUGUUUCGCGCGCUGCUCGAGUGCAUGACGGGGAACAGCGACAAGCACGUUGAGUUUCGGCUUCAAGUCGUGGGUCUAAUGCGCGAUGAUCCGGAUUCGUACCGAGCCGAAGCCGAAGCCGAUCAGGUAGAUGAUGCUCCGCAUGACGAUGAUGCUCCGCAUGACAGACCUUUCGAUUUCGAUUCUUACUGCGACAAUAUGGAACGAGAUGGCAUCUUCGGCGGGACUCCCGAGCUCCACGCCGCCUCCGUCUUGCUCAAGGUCGACAUCAUGGUCAUCGACGUGAGCUACGGGAGGCUCGUUUUGGAUACUGGUGGUGACCAGCCGCAGGAGCGAGGGACCAUCGCCGUCGCCUUCGACUCGGACGGGAAGCACUAUAACGCCAUCGUCCAUCUGGAACUCUCCCGCAGAGGUUUCCCCGACGACACCGAGGCGUCGGCUGCGACGUUUUCGGUAAAUACGACGAAAGCGUCGUUCGCGGACGCGACACCGACGUCGGGCGUUUCAACCGCCGCUUCCGUGGUGAAGACGCGAGCUCGUGCGCAGAUCUCGACGUCCUUCUCCGAGGAGGAUGAGGUCACAUCGCCCGGUGCGGACCCAAGAGACACCGAGUUCACGCCGCCGCGGAGCAGCAGCGAUGCGCCCAACACGCGUGCGAGGGCACGCGCCACUGGGAGAUCGCGCGACGCGCCCACGGCAACCUCGCGCGACGCGCGCGCGGCGGCGCGAUCCAAACGGAACGCGAAGCACGCCGAUGACGACGUGGAUCCCGAGUCCGAGUCCACGGCGGCGGCGUCGAAGCACUUCCCGCGCGCGACGAGGCCAAAUCUCUCUGCUCACGGCUCCAAGGCGGCGAAGCGCAUCAAGACGUCCCCGUCGACGUCCGCGGCGAGGACGCAGGCCGCGGCGCCGACGCCGUCGCGUAGCCGAGCUCAGCAGGCGACGGCUGCCAAGCCGUCCCGGUACAACCUCCGCCCGCCGAAGAGAACUCCGACGUCGACGUCGGCGACGCCCGCGGCGACGCCCGCGGCGACGCCCGCAGCGACGCCCGCGGCGACGCCCGCGGCGACGCCCGCAGCGACGCCCGCGGCGACGCCCGCGGCGACGCCCGCGGCGACGCCCGCGGCGACGCCGCUGCAGUCCGUCUCCUCGCGCACGCGAUCGAGGGGUCGCGACCGAGGCGGAGGCGAUGGAUUCGAUGCGAACCCGCCGCGACUGCAGUCGUCCGCGCUCGUCGCCACAUCCGCGGCGCCGACGCCGUCGGCGCCGCGGACAAAGCCAAAGUCCAAGGCGAAGCCCGCCGCGAGGACGAAGUCGAAGUCAAAGCCAUACAAAGGAAAGGCAGUGACGCGCGGUGCUCACUUGGUGGUUCAGGACAUGCACAGCGUCGAAACUCGCAACUACGAGGCGGGCAAGGUGGCUCGGCAGCAGCGUAAAUCCCCCGAUGAACGCAGGCGUGACGAUGCUGCCGCCGAGGAAGCUCGCGCGGCGAAUGCCGCGCGAGAUGCCGCGGAGCGGGAGGCGUUAAAGCUGAGAUACGAAACCAUCGACAAAAUGCGCGCGGCGGCGGUCAAAGCGGUCCAGAUGUCCGAGGACGCGUGCGUCAAAGUCAUCAAAGCAGAGCACGACGCGAUGGUCACCGCCGCGAAGAAACGCGCGGCUGACGAGGCCAAGGAUGAAGCCUCCCGGUCGGUUCCCGCGCCCGCGGAGCUGAAGAAACGCAUACUCAAGCUCGCGGAGCGCGCCCGCGUCAAGAAGAUCGACAAGCCGUGGCGCGGCGUCGCGAAGGCGUUCCUCGAGCACGACUGGCCGCUGCCGUUCUGGUUCUCCGCCGGCGCGCUCGCGCAGGGUAACGAGACGCUCGAGCUCAUCGUCAAAGAGUACAAAAUCGACACCAUGGACGAGCUCGGCCACUGGUUCGGCGCGAUGUGCAGCGACGCAUACUUCGAUGCUAAAUCAUCUGGCCGCUUUGCGCUUACGACGACAAAUCGCGAUUACGCCGAUCUUCAACGCGCCAACCUCCACAACGUGCAGUGGAAGACCGUACCCAGACCUGGCGCCGAGAUGGAGUCCGACUUCAUCGAGAAAUUCGAAGCCACGUGUUCGAACGGAGCAAAGUCUUGGCAUUACGCCAUCAGGACCACGCCCGGCGGCAACAAGAAGCUCCAGGAGAAGUUCUACACGAAUCGUCACGGCAAAAAGGUCAUCCUCCCCAAGGACCUCGAGAAAGACCCGCUGUUCCCGCUCGCGCUUACCGCCACGCCGGCGUGGAUGGACGCGAUCGUCGCCGGCGACGGGUCGCUGGGUGAAGGAAUUUUCCGCCUCGCGUUCUGCGACUUCACGCCCCGCGAGCUGGACUGGUUCAUCAACAUCCUCGCCCGCCCGAGAUGGAGAGACGGCACCGACACGGUCGUCCACGGCGCGUUCCCGGUGGUGAGGAAGAAGACAGGGCGGAAAGGCCAGUACACCACGCUCGACAUGACCGAAAAGUCUCUCAAAGACGCUGGGUACGCGCCGCGCUUCGGCUGCGGGAUCCGCACGCACGGCAUCCGCGUGAAGGAGUUCAUCGACACCGCGGCUCUUCCGGUAACCCGCGCGUACCCGCACAAAGGCGUCUUCUUUCCCGACAACGACCUCUACAGUGCCGCGGGCGCGUGGCGAUCCCGCGGCGAGUCGUUCACCCAGAUCAUCGUCGACGGGGUCAUCCGCGGAUUCAGCCUCGAGGAGUUGCAAGCCGAACUUCUGCGUGCGACGGGGUUGAACUUCACGGCUGCCGACCUCUUCGGGAUCAUCUCGAAGCCACUGCUCCCCCCGGGCGAAAGUUCGGGAAGAAAGAAAGUUCUCGGAGAGCAUCAUGGCUUGGGUUUGCCCUUCCCACCGCGGCGGACGUGCGACAAGACCGGGAACGCGGACCGCGUCAAGCACACGAUACACGACGUGAACGCGGCGAACGUGAUCAUCGGCAUCGUUCGCAAGGGACACGAACACGCGGUACUGCACGGCGGCUUGGCUUGCGGCGGUGAAGAUUCCGUCAAGCAUUUCAUCAAGAUGCGCGGCGCCAUGUACGAGGAGUACGGGUACAUCUUCGACGCCAAGCAAGGGCUGUGCAUCUUCCCCGGGGGCACGAUCGACCGGGACACCACCAAGCUGCUCACUCAGGAGGUGUUAGACGCCCAGCAACGGUACCACAAAGGCUGCGUCGAGAACGGCAAGUUCACUCCGCCGGAGCUCCUCCCUCACCGCACCGAUGCACAGCUCAAAGUGCAAUUCGCGCCACUGCUCGAGGAGAAGCUCAGGUUGAGCGCGCUGAUCGUGAAGCUCCAGGGUUGGCGCAUUGAGUUGAGACGCACAGCCAGCAGCAACCGGGCAAGAUCCUACUUCAUCUACACCGAUCCCGGCACCGGCACUGUCAAGAAGGAGACCCUGGACCUGAACUUCGCCAUCAAGUGGAUCAUCGCUAACCAACCGGAGAACGCGCAACAGCUCAAGGAUUUGCUCACCAAGUACCAGCCGGAGAUCGCGGAGCAGUUUAAGAGGACAGCGACAGCGACAGCGACGGCGACGGCGACAGCGACAGUGCUGAUCGUGAAGCUCCAGGGUUGGCGCAUGGAGUUGAGACGCACAGCCAGCAGCAACCAGGCAAGAUCCUACUUCAUCUACACCGAUCCCGGCACCGGCACUGUCAAGAAGGAGACCCCGGACCUGAACAGCGCCAUCAAGUGGAUCAUCGCUAACCAACCGGAGAACGCGCAGAAGUUCAAGGACUCGCUCACCAAGUACCAGCCGGAGAUCAAGAAGCAGUUUGAGUGGACAGCGACAGCGACAGCGACGGCGACGGCGACAGCGACAGUGCCCGCGGGCGGUGCGGAGGGAGAUGGAGAUGAUGCCGAGGGUGCUCGGGAUGAAGACGAGAUCGCCUUGACGCAGCCAAAGAAGAAACGCAAGACGAAGCGAUGA